UACCGUCUCCUGGCUUUGGUGCUUGAAUACGCACUACCCGGAAUUCCGCUGAACUGUUCCAACACCCAUAUCCGCUCAAGCGCCAGCAAAAGCGUAUGCUGUUGGAUUCAGCAUCUGCGGAAAUCGUCAAUUCUUUCGCCUGGGAGUUGAUUGGCCAUGCCCAAACGUCAACCGUCCCCAUCACUGAGCCGCCCCGCGUAUCCAAGGAAACGAGCAGUUCAAGCUUGCCAAACAUGUCGUCAAAGGAGAACCAAGUGUGACAACGAGCAGCCUGCAUGUACCUCGUGCAGAAAUCUUGGAGUCGAAUGCAACUAUCGGACUAAAGACAAGUCAACGUUCGAUGCUGCAAGUUUGGCGAUCCUACAACGACUGGAUGAUUUGGAAGCACUUUUGCGCUCGAAGAGCCUUGAUUCGACCGCUAAUCUGACUGCUGCGCUACCCCAUUCGCCCCGUGUAUACCAAGAGACAGACCUCGCAUCCCCUACACUGGCGAGGACGCAGUCAUCUGUCCACUAUCGCAUGAAUAUAGAAUCUAUUCUCUCUUGGGCUAUCUUUGAUCAAAGAGGAUUUGAGCAAUGUGUGGAUCUGAACUCACUAUUGUUGUCCUAUCCCCUAAACCUCACAACCUCUAGAAUGUUAACCACGUCGGAUUUUGAAACUGAAGCCGCUUCGGGGCUGUUGCAGGCCUUUCUUGAGACUAUACACAUCUACAAUCCGAUAUUAGUGAUCGAGAAAGUUCAGGCUGACAUGGCAGAAUUGCUUUUAAAUGGCAUUGGCUGGGAUGCUAAGUCCUCUUUGCUGCUCCUUAUAUUUGCCCUUGGAACGAUAACAACUCCCUUCGGAAUGGUCUCCCCAGAGACGCAUUCCAUUCGCAAGUCAGACCACUUUCAGCAAGCAGAGGCUUUCUUCCUUGCAGCCCAGAAACGCUUGUGGACAUGCAUGUCCUCCGAGAGCUUUGUCAACGCUCAAUGCUUCUUUUUGGCUGGGGUAUAUUUGAUGACAACAUUGAGACCUAUUGAAGCGUGGAGGAUGUUUGUGCAGGCUCUAGCUUGCUGUCAUUGCGUGCCAAAUAACCAUGGCAAUGAUACCACUGACAGCGAGCAGACACAGUUGCGAAAUAGCAUAUACUGGACUUGUUUCAAAUCAGAAUUGGAGCUACGUCUAGAGUUAGGUAUUGGAAAAGACGCCUUUCUUGACCUGACAUAUCCCGCGUUUUUCCCGUCUCCUCCCACAAGCCUAUUGUCGCAUGGAGAGCCAUCAUGGUACUACUAUUUGGCUGAGAUCGCCUUACGACGUCUAGGGAACCGCAUUCUCAAUUUUGUCUAUCAACACGAUCGUUUGAAGACGUCGACUGCUGAUAUUAUCGAUUCAGUCCAUCAGUUUGAGGAGCAGGCAAGCAGCUGGCAGGAGUCACUUCCCGGGAUCCUCAAGCUGGACAAUAACGACGACGAGACUAGAGAAGACGAUGCUAGCCACCGCGCGCUCCGAUUCAUUCUAAAGGGCCAUUUGCUUGACUGUUAUGAAAUGAUGUACUGGCCGUUCAUGGUGGAUGCCAUUCAAGGGAAUAUGCGACCUGGUCAAGAGGCUCGAGACCUAGCGCGGAAGGGCUUCGAAAUUUGUGUACAACGCAUCAAUGAAAACGAAGGCGGCUUCUUCUACCGUCAUCAUGGGACCUGGCUUAUGCUUCGUUCAUGCACUCGAAGCGCCUUGGUUCUCUUAGGCGCGUGUUUGGCAGGUCUAAGUAACUUGCUAGAUUCAAGCUGGGCAACCUCAGUGGCGAAAGUUAUUCGAAUGCUUAAGUUCUGGGACAAAGACACGGCUGACGUGGCACACUAUCUCAAUGUUUUGAGCAAUCUUAUGAGCGAAGUGCCCGUAGAAAUUUGAGGACCUUCGAUAUUUCUUAAGAUGAAAUUUAAGAAUAAUA